UGAAAGGCCACCGGCCUUCUCUUCCAUAAUAUAUGGAAUAAGAUGGCGUUUAAGAGACGGGAUUUGAUUUGAACAUUCCUCACCGCACUGCGAAACCAUUCAGACAUAGACAUUCAGUGGCAAAAGACAAGCCAUCAAUGUUGCCGUUGCUGUCGGGGGAAGACAAGGGCAAGGCAGUAGAAUCAAGUGUUGUUCACUUGUAUGUUUGUUUACCCACUCCUCCUAUUAUUACAAGCUCCAGCUUUGCAGGGUUCCAAUUCUAUCAUUUUCGCUGAGCCUGCACCGCCUCUGCGUUUCAAAGAGUCUCAUGUUACUGGCAUCACGCAUAUUCGCAUGCUGAUUCGUGUUCAAAGUUCUGCAGGUCGUGCAGAGGCUUAGUUGGUCUUUGAAGGAAAAAAAAUUCAGGGUUUAUCUGAGAUAAUGGGUUAUAUUGGGGCUCAUGGUGUAGCAGCUCUGCAUAGAUACAAAUAUAGUGGUGUAGAUCAUUCCUACGUCGCUAAAUAUGUUCUCCAGCCGUUCUGGAGUCGCUUUGUUACUCUCUUCCCUUUAUGGAUGCCAUAACUCUUACUGGAUUCAUGUUUUUACUUGUGUCUGCACUUCUUGGCUAUAUAUACUCACCUCAAUUGGACUCGCCUCCACCAAGAUGGGUUCAUUUUGCUCAUGGACUACUUCUGUUUUUAUACCAGACAUUUGAUGCUGUGGAUGGGAAGCAAGCUAGAAGGACAAAUUCUUCCAGCCCGCUAGGGGAGCUGUUUGAUCAUGGAUGUGAUGCGCUUGCUUGUACAUUUGAAUCAUUGGCUUUUGGGAGCACUGCUAUGUGUGGAAGAAGUACUUUUUGGUUCUGGUUAAUAUCUGCAGUUCCCUUUUAUGGUGCAACCUGGGAGCACUAUUUCACAAAUACACUUAUACUGCCAGUUGUCAAUGGACCUACUGAGGGUCUUAUGCUUAUUUACGUCUGUCACUUUUUUACUGCUGCUGUGGGUGCUGAAUGGUGGGUUCAGCAAUUUGGAAAGUCUAUGCCCUUUCUAAACUGGGUGCCUCUUAUUGGUGGAAUUCCUACAUACAGAGCAGUAUUGUUCCUUAUGAUAGCUUUUGGUGUUAUACCAACAGUUACAUUCAAUGUUUGCAAUGUUUACAAGGUAGUUAAAGCAAGGAAUGGAAGCAUGUCACUUGCACUGGCAAUGCUUUACCCAUUCACUGUCCUCCUGGGAGGAGUUUUACUAUGGCAAUAUUUAUCACCGUCUGACAUCCUUGGAAACUACCCACAUUUAGUCAUUAUAGGAACAGGACUUGCUUUUGGGUUUCUGGUGGGAAGGAUGAUUUUGUCCCACUUGUGUGAUGAACCCAAGGGCUUGAAAACUGGAAUGUGCAUGUCCCUCCUUUAUCUCCCAUUCGCUAUUGCUAAUGCACUUACAUCAAGGCUGAAUGACGGGGUUCCUUUGGUGGAUGAGAGACUGGUUCUUCUUGGUUAUUGUGCAUUCACAGUGACUCUUUACUUGCACUUUGCGACGUCUGUCAUUCAUGAGAUUACUACUGCCUUAGGAAUAUAUUGUUUCAGGAUAACAAGGAAAGAAGCUUAAUGUACCACUUUUUCCUUUCGGUAUGUCCUCUUAUUAAUAAUUUAUGUUCCUGAAGACCUUUCUCGUUUAUUGUCUGAACUGAUCCGUCUUUUUCAUUUACACAGAAUUGUUUUUCCUUUUUUUUUUUUGUUGUUGGUGAACAUAUCAUUUAUUACUUUUUUGUGUCGCUUAAAUUACUAUUUCAGUCACAUCAGCUGGAAGGUCUUGAAAGAUGCGGGAAAGAUUUCAGUUGAUAGUAUUUUUGCUUCAUCAAUUUUGACCAAUCAUUGUUUAUGAUGACUGUUUUAAUAGUAAUUAUAAAUUAUGAGAUAAUCUGGGGGAUCGGGAUCCAGUUAUGCAAACUCAAGCAUUUAAAGCACUAGAAGUAACUAUUUUGACUUGAUUCCAAAUGGAAAAAAACAAUUAUAUGAUUUUCUUAUUUUUGCAUAGGCGUGUGAAUGACUUAAUAGUAAUUAUACAUUGAUGUGAA